UUCAGUUCAGUUCACAUUUGCAGCUAUUUGCGAUCAGUUAUCAGUGGCACAGACAAAGCAAAAUCAUGCGAGUGACCCAGUUUCUGUGCUUUGGGGCGACACUUCUUUUGUUCAGCCUGUUGCAGCAGACACAGGCGGUGCCGACAUCCACAGCCAAGCCGGGCAUAGUGGCCCAAGCACAGCCAAAACCAGCAGGAAAUCUGGCGCCCAGUCCGAGUACAGCGAAACCCCAGCCCCAGCGACAACAGCAAGAUCCCAAGUGCCAGCAGCCCUUGGAUCCGGGUCCCUGUCGCAUGAGUCUGGAUCGCUUUUAUUACAACAAGGACACAAAUGCCUGUGAGACCUUCAAGUUUGGGGGCUGUCGAGGCAAUGACAAUCGCUUUGGCUUCCGUCAGACCUGCGAGGAUGCUUGCCUCAUCAGAAAGUGACUCAAAAUCGAUCCAAUAAAUGUCGUAAACCUUAAGGAACA